AUGGCUGAUAUGGCUUCGCGCAUAGCUUCACUCAGGUCUCUGCUACCUGAUCUCGAAUCUGCGUUGCACUCAUUCACGUCGUCGCUCGCCAAAUCUCGCAUCGUGCGCACAGUGAACGACACUCCGACUCAGCCCAAGACGCUCUACAUCCUCGACUCUUCCUUCAACCCCCCCUCCUUUGCCCAUUUUACAUUGGCUUCAUCGGCUUUGAAACACCCCGAUGCCCCAGAACAGAGCCCAUACAGACUGUUGCUCUUGUUUAGCACGCACAAUGCAGACAAGGCGCCGAGCCCCGCGAGCUUUGUGCAGCGCAUCGCCAUGAUGACCAUGCUUGCCGAAGACUUGUCGCAGAGUCUAAAGAAUAGAAUAGACGGUUUGACCGACCAAGUUUCAAAUGUCUCGAUAGACAUUGGUCUCACCAAGGAGCCAUACUACAGUGACAAGUCGACAGCCAUAGCCGAAGCUGCGCCGCCAUGCUAUGCUUCGAGCCCGAGACACGUACAUCUUGUCGGCUAUGACACGCUGAUUCGCUUCUGCAAUCCAAAAUACUAUUUCAAGUACGAUCCGCCGCUCUCGGCCCUCAAACCCUUCUUCGAUGCUGGCCACAAGCUGCGCGUUACCCAGCGACCUACCGAUGCGAGUGACGAGUCAUCACAAGAGUUUGGCACAACAGAGGAACAGGCCAAGUAUCUGCAAGACCUAAGAGAUGGCAAGCAAGAGGAAGCUGGUUUCAGCCCGGCAUGGGGUAAAAACAUCGACAUGGUCGAGGCAGAGGAGGGCGUCGGAAUCAGCUCGACACGGGUGAGGAAUGCCGCGAAGCAAGGGAAAUGGGACAUUGUAAGAGAGCUAUGCACCGAAGGCGUAGCUGCUUGGAUCAAGGACCAGAGACUCUACAGCGAGGAUGCAAGCGGCAAGAAGAUGAUGGGAUGAGUGCAGAUGAAAAGUGGUAGCCGUGGGGAUGGCUGCAAAUAGACCUCACGGCCCAAUGGCGAAUUGGCACGCAGCUUCAAAUCACUUUUCCAGACACGUAUUCUGAGAUAUCUAA